AAUUUUUUUUUUUUGGCCUGGACCUUUAGGCCAAACUGUAGAAUAGCCAAGCUUUCGUUAACAUAGACAACAGGUGUUGCAACAACCAAUACGGACAUUUAAAAUAUUGAUUCGUGACGUCAUUCCGUGUGAGUGCUUUAUUGCGGUCGAUUUGAGUUAUAAUAUUUACGUUCGCAUAAGACAUUCGAAUAAAAUGAAGCUUUCUACGCCAAAAUACACGAUAUGUAUAAUUAUUCAGUUUAUUUUCAUGUUUUGCGACUUAAUAUUUAAUUGUGUGAGUUUAUUUCCGAGAACUAAGGAUGCACUUCUUGUAUUAUUCAUAUUUCAGGACCUGUUCUUGGUCCUAUCUAUAACAGCGAUGCUGAUGACGUUCUUCUCCACCUAUCUAUUUCAAGCUGGUCUGGUAGAGGUGCUGGUGCGCAAGUUCCGCGCGGCGGGCGCGGUGUGCGCGGCGUACGCGGCGGCCAGCGUGCUGCUGCAUGCGGUGUGGCUGCAGCAGCAGUGGCACGAGCCGGGCUCGGCGUCGAGACCAGCGGUCAUAUUCCUGUUCUUGGUCCAGAGAUGCUUGUCCCCCUGGUACUACUUCUUCUACAAACGAGCAGCUCUGCGCGUUAGUGAUCCUCGCUUCUAUGAAGACAUAGAAUGGAUAAGUCAUCAGUUACAGCAACAUUGAUGACGUUCACCUUGGUAUUAUAUUAUACUAGCGCCGUAGUUGCUGCCCUGCUGCGGGGGUGCACCCCCCACCCCCGGUCCUCCGCCACCCGGGGCCGGUCAACGAUGGCGAUCUCGGGAACACGUCAUAGCGUAAUAUUAUAUUAUAAAUGAGUCAAAGGUAUUGAAAUAAAUGUAAAUUACUUAAUAUAAGUUUAUAUCAACUUUGUUUCGUGUCAAUGUUAGAUAUAUUUUGAUGUGUAUUUAGUGCAAAACCUUGUAAAGAAAACAUGCAUUCAUAAAUAAGUUAAAAAACAUAAACGAGUUGAAUAACA